AUGGCGGCGGCUCUCGGCGCGGCGGCCACGCUCCUCGGCAAGGUUUUCACGAUGCUGUCCGCCGCCCCGGUGGCGGCGUACGUGGACAGCCUCGAGCUCGGCCACAACUCGGAGCAGAUCAAGGCCAAGCUCGCGCACACGCGAGGCCUGCUGCACAACGCCCAGGCCCAGGUGAGCCACGUCGUCGACAACCCUGGACUGCAGGAGCUGCUGCCGGCGCUGAGCAGGAACGCCGACCAGGCGGAGGACCUGCUGGAUGAGCUCCACUACUUCCAGAUCCAUGACAGGCUCCACGCCACCAACUACGCCGCCACCCAGGCCAAUUUUCUCCGUCAUGCUCGCAAUGCUCUCCGCCACACUGCCACCAGCAGCUGGGCCGCAUGCUUUUCUUGUUCCUCUGCACAAGAUGAUAGUGAUUCUACCAGUGGGGAUGAUGAGUUACGUUUCCACCGAGUGAUCUUCUCCAGAAAAUUCAAAUCGGUGUUACAGGACAUGCAGACGCACUGUGAUUCCGUCUCUGAUUUGCUUGGCAAUAUCCCAAGCAACAGCAUGCCAGUUGCUGUACACCGGCCGCAGAUUGGAUCCACAAUUAUACAAGAUACAUUGUAUGGCAGGAGACACACUUUUGAGGAAACUGUCAACCGUAUCACUACACAGAUUGAGACUGUUUCUGUUCUUCCUAUAGUUGGUCCAGGGGGUAUUGGAAAAACAACUUUUGCCCAACAUCUGUAUAAUGAUGGAAGGACUGAAGAGCACUUCCAAGUCAGGGUCUGGGUGUGUGUAUCCACUGAUUUCGAUGUGCUGAAGCUCACCAGGGAGAUCCUUGCCUGCAUACCUGCAACUGAAGAAGGAGGAAGCAGCAGUGUUGCAAAUGAAACAACCAAUUUAGAUCAUCUUCAGAGAUCCAUUGUGCGCCGUCUCAAGUCCAAGAGGUUUCUAAUUGUCUUGGACGACAUAUGGAAAUGUGACGGUGUGGAUCAGUGGAGAACCCUGUUAGCUCCCUUCACAAAGGGGGAAACCAAAGGAAGCAUGCUACUUGUCACAACUCGAUUCCCAAAGCUAGCAAAAAUGAUGGAAACAAUUGAUCCACUAGAGCUGCUAGGUUUGGAGUCUAAUGACUUCUUCACAUUCUUUGAAGCAUGUAUAUUUGGUGAAGACAACAAGCCAGAGCAUUUCGAAGAUGAGUUAGCUGGUAUUGCACAAAAAAUUGCAGACAAGCUAAAGGGUUCCCCGUUGGCAGCCAAAACAGUUGGUAGACUAUUGCACAAGGACCUUUCUCAGAAACAUUGGAAUGGAGUUCUUGAAAAGCAUCAGUGGCUAAAGCAGCAAAAUAAUAAUGAUAUCAUGCCAUCUUUAAAAAUUAGCUAUGAUUGCCUCCCUUUUGAUCUGAAGAAAUGUUUUUCCUAUUGUGGCCUUUUCCCUGAAGAUCAUUGGUUUACUUCUUCAGAAAUCAAUCAUUUUUGGGUUGCAGUAGGCAUCAUAGACUCUAAUCACCAAGCUGAUAGGAAUUACUUGGAAGAACUAGUCGACAAUGGUUUUCUCAUGAAGAAGAAAAAGUAUUAUUUGGAUGAUCAAUACAAACAAAAGAAGGAAUUUGAUUGCUAUGUAAUGCAUGAUUUAAUGCAUGAGCUAUCUAAGAGUGUUUCUGCACAAGAAUGCCUCAAUAUAAGUGGCUUUGAUUUCAGAGUUGAUGCCAUCCCGCAAUCUGUUCGACACUUAUCUAUCAACAUAGAAGACAGAUAUGAUGCAAAUUUUGAGCAAGAAAUGUGUAAACUAAGGGAGAGGAUACACAUUGCUAAUCUGCGGACUUUGAUGAUUUUCAGAGGAUAUGAAGAAAGAAUCGCCAAGAUUUUGAAAGAUAGCUUCAAGGAAAUAAACAGUCUGCGUGUCCUAUUUAUAGUGGUGAAGUCGGCACAAUCUUUUCCAUAUAGGUUUUCAAAACUUAUCCACCUCCAGUACCUCAAAAUUAGUUUAUCUCUCGAUGGUGACUGGGAAAUGAGUUUACCUAGUACACUAUCAAGAUUUUAUCACUUGAAAUUCUUGGACCUUGAUCGUUGGCGUGAUAGUUCUGAUUUGCCUGAAGACUUUAGCCACCUUGAGAAUUUACAUGAUUUCCGUGCUAAAAGUGAACUCCACUCCAAUAUUCACAAUGUUGGAAAGAUGAAGCAUCUGCAGGAGCUAAAAGAAUUCCAUGUCAAGAAGGAGAGCAAGGGAUUUGAACUGUCAGAACUUGGGCCAUUGACAGAGCUUGAAGGAGGACUGACUGUACGUGGUCUUGAACACGUGGCAACCAAGGAGGAAGCUACUGCAGCCAAACUGAUGUUGAAAAGGAAUCUGAACCAGUUGGAAUUACUCUGGGACAGAGAUCAACCAACUACAGAUGCUGGUAUUCUUGAUGCUCUUCAACCACACUCUAAUCUUAGAGUACUUACAAUUGUAAAUCAUGGUGGUACCGUUGGUCCUCGUUGGUUGUGUCUUGAGAUAUGGUUAACAAGUUUAGAGACUCUCAUUCUAGAAGGCAUAUCUUGGAGCACCCUUCCACCUUUUGGGAAGCUACCAAAUCUCAAGGGACUCAAACUGAAGAGAAUUUCUGGAAUGCAUCAGUUUGGGUCUCGAUGUGGUGGUGCUCCAGGGAAAUGUUUUAUGCGCUUGAAGACAGUUGAGUUUUAUGAGAUGCCAGAACUUGCUGAAUGGGUUGUGCUACCUAAUUGCCAUUCCUUUCCAAGUCUUGAAGAAAUCAAUUGCAUCGAUUGUCCCAAUCUCCAUGUGAUGCCCUUGUCGGAGGUAUCUUGCACCAAUUUGCGCAGACUUGAAGUUUGUGACUGCCCCAAGAUGUCUCUGCCCUCCAUGCCUCACACCUCCACACUGACAGAUUUGGAGGUUAAUAGAUGUGAUUCAGAAUGGUUGUGUUAUGAUGGAAAGAAAUUGGUUGUUAGAGAGUAUGGCGGUGCUUUGGCCUCCCACAAUCUGGAUAAAGUAGAAGAUAUUGAUAUUGCAAAUGCAUCGUGCAUAUCAUUGACAGACAUCGCAAAGCUUAAAUCCCUAACAAACCUGACUAUCGAAAGAUGCGACGGUUUGUUCCGUCAAGAACUGGAUGGCAGUAUUGUCUUCCAUUCAGUUAAGAGUCUCAAAUUAGAUGUAUCUCAUCUUGCCAGCAAAUCAUCAUCUUCAAAAGUGUUAAACUGUUUCCCAGCUCUCUCUGUGUUGGUGAUAGUUGGCUAUGAGAAAUGUGUAAUGCAGUUCCCAUCAUCCAGCUCACUGCAGGAACUUACCUUAAAAAAGUGUAAGGGCCUGGUUCUUGUGCCAAUAGAGAAUGGAGGAGGAAUUCAGGAGGGCAACUCAUUGCUCCAAUCAUUAACAAUAGAGGACUGUGGCAAACUGUUCUGUCGGUGGCCCAUGGGCAUGGGAGAAUCAGAGACCAUUUACCCUUUCCCUGCUUCCCUGAGGGUACUUGAUGUUGACAAAGAGCCAAGCAUGAAGUCAAUGGCUCUGCUCUCAAACCUCACAUCUCUCACCACUCUAAGGCUAAAAGAGUGCAGUAAUUUAACAGUGGACGGAUUCAAUCCUCUCAUCGCAGCCAACCUCAUACAACUGGAAGUGAGUAGGUGCAACACCUUUGCAGCAGAUAUGCUCUCAGAGGUGGCCUCUCAGAGGGCCAAAUUAUUAUUGCCUGCGGGUUACAUCUCUAGAUUGGAGAAACUCAAUGUGGAUAACAUCUGUGGAUUGCUUGUUGCUCCUAUUUGCAACCUCCUCGCCCCGGCCCUCCACACACUUGUAUUCGAGGAUAAUAGGAUCAUGGAAAGCUUCACGGAGGAGCAAGAGAAAGCGCUGCAGCUCCUCACCUCCCUCCAGAAUCUAACAUUUUUCAGAUGCAGUGUUCUGCAGUCCCUUCCUCAAGGGUUGCAUCGCCUUUCUUCUCUCAAGGAGUUACGUGUCCUUUGGUGUGUAGAAAUCCGAUCCAUGCCCAAGGAGGGCCUCCCGGUUUCGCUGAGAGAACUACAUAUGAUUGGUUCCAGCGCUGAGGUAAACAAGCAAAUUGAGAAAAUCAAAAGAACCAACCCAGAUUUAUCCGUCAUGGAUAAGUACACCAAAGACUAG